GAGUUUCGCGGUGAAAGUGCCUGCGAUUGAUGAGAUAAUUACACGCAAGGUCAAAUUUUUGACUGUUGAUAUAAAGGAUAACCCAAUUAGCAAUGCAUUCGUGCCGUUAUUCGCUGCAAAAAGGCUAGAUUCGUAGAAGAAACCUGUCACAAUCAGUAUUCUGUAAACAAAGUUAAAAUAUAACAAAUUCUAAAUGGAACGAGGCAAGACAGGACCCGGUAGAGGCUCCAAAAAUAAAAUAGCUCCUCUUCCGUCUGAUUUUAUAGCCCUUGGAUCAAAAGGUAAUAGAGGAGAUGCAACUGAUGCUAAAAGACCUGGGGUUGGAGUUGCAAAAACAACUACUACUACGUCUACCACAAGCAAUGAUCGGAAGAAAGAGGGUCCACCUAUACAAUCAAUGAUACCUUCAAAAAAGCCAAAGCUAGCAGCACAUACAAUACCUUCUCAGAGACCUCCUAUAAGUUAUACAGAAGCCUGGGAGGUGAUGGCAAUAGAUUGCGAGCCUGCAGAUUUAGUUCCGAUGGUUUUAGAAGCUAAUGACAAUGAUGAAGGAGAAAAACUUAUUGGUCUAAUUUGUGGAGCUAUAAAAAAUUUGAGAAAUACGAAGUACAAACCAGAUAACGUAAUUUGCAUGGGACUGUUGUAUUUGGUGAAAGUUCGACCAUCAAUUUUUGAUCAUCAGUGUAUCUUGCAUGGUUUAGCAUCACUUUUAAAGAAAGAUUUAUCACAUCAGUCAUACAAAAACAAAAAUACUUCAAUGUUACCUGUCUUGGUAGCAAAUCUAUUGAUGAGAGGUUUUCAAGACAAGAGAGAAUGGCCAAUCGAUUUUGUAAAGAGUUAUAUCGACGAUGCUUUGGGAGAACGAACAUGGGUCGACAACGAGGAAUGUAAAGGUUUCGUCGACAAUAUCUUGACGGGUUUCAACACGAGAAUCCCACCAAAAAGUGUCCUCCAGUCAGAUUUAGCAGUUAUGACUCCCAGAGAUUGUAGCAGUCCGUCGACACUUUUGGAAGAUGAAGAUUCAUCAGCUUCAUUGAUUCAGAUUAGUGGAGACAAAGAAAAAACCGAUAUAUCGGUGAUUCCACGAUACAUUCACUGUAGUGAACAGGUGGAAACCAUCGUAUUAGACGUCGUGAAAGAGCAGUUGAAUCGACGUCAACCUGACUCCAUAAAUCGUAAUUUUUUGAAACUAUUGUCAUCUGCCUGUGGUUUCGUCGAGAUAAGAAAUAUCACUGUACCAAAACUGGAAAUGUGGCUUCACAAUCCAAAACUAAUGCGUUCUGCUCAAGAACUUCUCAGCUACGUAUGCUACAACUGCACAGGACACACGAUGAGGGACGUCGAGGUGAUUAGUCACCUGGUAAAAAUGAGAUUAAAAACGAAAUCAGUGAUAAAUCUCUACUUGAAUGGCGUUAAAGAAUUGAUCGGACUUCAUCCAGAAAAUCUUGCAACAAUUCUGAAGCACACGAUCUAUAACGAACUCUCGAACGCAAGAAAUCCUAACAAUAUGCCUAUGAUAGCAGUCAUGUUUCAAACUUCAUCGGAAUCCUCAGCCAAACUUCUUGGCGAAAUUUUCCAAGAUCUUCUUAUUAAUCGCGAGGACUAUCUGCGUCCUUUGCGUGCACUUCUACGAGAAAUUGUGCGAGUUUGUCGUUACGACAUCAAUUUGUCAGUUCUAGCUAGAACACUGAUGAGUCCUCGAGUGGAUAUUAUCCAACAGCUGCCAGCGUUCGAGUUCAAAGAACGCAUGUUCAGUAAUACCAUCGAUCUUCUGUGCUUGUGCAUGUUUUUGGCAAUCAGUCCACAAGUAAAAGAAGCUGCUGCCCUCAAUCAACGAGGUGAUAAAAAGGACGUUGGUCUACUGCAUCAGUUUCAAAAUCUCGUUGCCAACAUUCAGCUUGAGGCGAUUGCCUGGCUGCAGAGUCCUGCGCCACAAAUGUACAACGUCGGCAAAAUGGAAAUGCUCCACGCAAUGCACAAGAUCAUGUUGCUCGAACCACCAGAACAGUAUUGCAAACCGGACAAUUUCCCGCCGGAUUCUGACAGAGCUUUUUACAUGCGAACGAUAUCUGAAGUGCCUUUGCUGGAGAGUACACUGAUCAAACUUCUUAUCGUAGGAUACUCCAAAGAAAAUGGAAUUACUCAUCCAGAAGUACUCGAACUGGCUGAUCAGCUUGUCAGGAGAGCAGCAUUGUGCUCGACCGACAUAUUCCAUUUGCUGCACAUCGAUAACACCGAGGUCAUGGAUUUGAUAUUCAAUUUGUGCACUUAUCAGCCUCCGGCAUCGAUAAAUAUUCCGUUAGGUUAUCAGCCUCCUACACUAGCUAUUUCGAAUCUCUACUGGAAAGGUUGGGUGAUGUUGUUGAUGCUGGCAGCUCACAAUCCGUCAACCAUUGGUGCGGUCGGUUGGGAACAUUAUCCAAUUUUGAGAGUGUUGAUGGAGAUGUGUAUUACAAAUCAUUUCUCGUAUCCACCACCGUCUAUGGCUCUGCCGGAAGUAAUCGAAGAAGAACGCACAAAGGAAUUCCAAGUCGAAGCAACGGAGAAAGACCGUAUCCUAGAGUACGAGACAUAUCUCGCGGCAGCUUCAACACGCGUACAGAUUUCUGAGCAAAAUAGUCUUUUGCUGUCACAACUCAUAACUAUGGAUCCAAUGGGCAUAGCUCGACGUCCACCACAAUUGAUCCUCGAUCAAAUUCAAUCUUUAAAUACUACCCAUAGACUCGGUCAUCUAUUAUGUCGCUCGCGUAAACCUGAUUUCCUUCUCGACAUAAUUCAACGUCAACAGUCAAGUUCUUCGCAAAGCAUGCCUUGGUUGGCCGGUCUCGUGCAGAACAGUGAAGGUUCGCUUAGCCAAUUGCCAGUUCAAUGUCUUUGCGAGUUUCUGCUGUCUUCAACGGUUGGCCAGGCGGACAAGCAAUCAAGACAGCAACAAUUGCUAACUCAUUUGCAGCUUUUAUUGACGGAUCCUCUUCAAGACUCGCUGCAGGCUUGCGAAGUUUUAGAGUACUUCCUCAGGAGGCUCAGUAGUCAGUCUAGCGCAAGUAGAAUGCAAGCGAUCGCUGGGUUGAAACUCGUAUUAAAUACUAUCCCUAUGGACGAUGAAGUCAUGGAAGUUGAUGGUGAAACUGAGAGUGAAGCAUGGCUGUUACGAAAACUUCCAUCGAUUCCUCACUUUCCAGCAGUACGAACACUCGUUUCGAAAGCUCUGCGUGGGGCAUGCCAAGUCGAGAAUAAUCCUGAGCUAGUACAAGCUUACAUAUCUUACCUCGCAGCUCACACUCCAGACGAUGAUAUAUCUGAGUUGAUAUUCCUGGUGAACGAGAUUUCUCAGUUAGUCGUCGAGAGAAACACGAUUGUUGCAGCUAUUUUACCACAGCCUGAUUUGGAUACGCCUCAGAGUCGACAGACGCUACAUGCUUUCCUUUCAAUUUAUUGUAACUAUUUAGAUAAGGCUCGUGCACCACGACAAGACGGCGAACGGGUGACCUGGUCAGAGAAUCAAGAUUUGAUUUUGGUCGAGUGGGCAACUGGAGAAGGAUGCACGAUGCAUAUUCUUGUAGUACAUGCAAUGAUAAUUCUGCUAACUUAUGACCAAGCAAGCAAUGAUCUGCUUUUUAAGCAAUUACUCGAGACUUGGUUUCCAACGGAUUGCGAACCGCCCAAAGCAUUCCUCGUAGACACGAGCGAAGAAGCAUUGUUGAUUCCUGACUGGUUGAAACUGAGAAUCAUCAGAAGUAAUAUUCCAAGAUUGGUCGAUGCAGCACUUAGAGACUUGGAUCCGUACCAACUAGUAUUAUUUAUCCAGAGCUUCGGUGUGCCCGUGAACGCGAUGACUAAGUUGCUGCAUCUUCUUGACGCCGCCGUACAGAUUGAUCCGGUGGCGGUAACUAACCAUGUACUGGAUAAGACUUACAUGGCGCAGCUCGUCAGGAUUUUGCACAAUCGAGGAGCAGCUGGAGGAUUGGUUUUCUUAGAACACAUUCAACUUCAAGCGCAACAGUUGCCUGACGAGAGUCCACCAAAGAUCAGCACAAGAUUGGAGCAAUUGCCUUCAAGCUUGGCACUGAGCAAACUUUGUCGAGCUACAGAAAGACCGUGUACUCCAAAAACUGAAGUACCUACUCUCAUUAAUCAACUAUUCAUUGAGAAAAUUCCAAUAGCUCAGAAGACCGAAGCUUACAGAAAAUUACACAAAAUUCUUGCCAAAGAUUUACAGAGAUCUGGAAUGGAAAACGAACGAGGCACCAUUGUUAUUGUCAUCAAACACAUACUCAGCGUACUUAGUUCGAUUCAGGCGAAUGAUCAGACUCAGCAAGAUAAUGGUUUAGACAAGGUGAAAGAAUUCUUAUCUUCGUUGGUGCACAUGCCUCAAUAUUCCUGCACACUGAUGCGGGUAAUCCUGUUACCACUGAAGAAAUCAACAACAAACCCGAUCACACUCGAUCUUGCGCGUAGCAUGUGCCUAAAUUUAAUCUCGCUCAUCGGUGAAGUAAACGCACCGAUUCUGGCAGUCCUCCGCGACUUCGCCAGCUUACGCAUACCCAAACGUAACGAUGAUCAACCGCAACUCGAUCGCGAACCAGCUGCGAUCCUGGAAAGCGCCGAACCUCAGCGAAUAGAGAACGUCGGUAGGAAAUUGUUGGAUAUUUGUAUGAAACAGCACAAGAAUGAUUCGCUAGUCGAAGGCAUGGCGAAGCUAUUAGUAGCAGACAGCGAACAAGGAGCGAUUAAACCAAGAACGGGUUUAUUGAUCGAUUGGUUGGCGUUAGUCGAGCCAGAGUUGAUCGGCACUUGUCCCAGUUUGCAAAUGAGACUGCUGUUUGGCAAAACUAACGUAUACGUGAGGAUUGACGAGAGCGUUGUUAGCUCGCACUCAUGUAGACCGUACUUAUUGACAUUAUUAACGCAUGGGGCUAGUUGGGCAACUCUCUACAAAUGCGUAGGACAUUUAUUGGAUCAGUGUCACGACAACUACGACCCCACUGCAGUUUUAGAUUUCCUCUGGGCAUUGACAUGUAACCCAAAGCUGUGGCAAGGUAGAGAAAAAUACUCGACAAAGAACGAUAUACCAGAAAAUAUUUUACUCUUGACGAGUGAUCAGUUGCUUGUUCUCGUAAUGUAUUUGAUUGAGGAGGCGGUGAUUUUGUGUGAACGACAGAAUCGCCAAGCCGCUGUCACGCAGAUGGAGACAAGAUUAGAUUUGCUCCUUUGUUGUAUUUCGUCGGAAGAUGAGCUUACAAUGAGCGUUGUCAAGUAUUUGGCGGAACAGAUGUCGGGUCGUAAUGACAUUCACUCGGACAUGGCCCAUCAAUUCCUUCUGCACUUGUACAUGAAAGUGCCCAAGAUAAUUUACUAUCUAAGCGCGUCGCAGUCAAAGAAAAUGGUGAACAAAGCUCACAUAUCAGACUGGACAAGAUCAGUGCUAGACUGUAUGAGCCACACGCUUUUAACUUCUUUAGCUACACUACCCAGACAGAAAUCUUAUAGCGCCAAAUCUCGCGAACUGGAGUUAUGUGCGCGGAAAAUGGCAGCAGUUCAUCCACUUUUAGUUCUUCGUCAGCUGCCUCUUCUUGCAUCCUCGUUGACAGGCUUGUGUGAUACAGAAUUCAGUCAGUUCAGAUCGAACCACCAUCUCAACCUUUACACGCAAGUAAUGGGUUUGUUAGAGUUGUUACAACCACACCUGUUCAACGAGGAACAUAAACGAGGUCUGGAAGACACAUUGGAAAAUUUCUUCCAGUGCUUUCAGGUAAACUUGGAGUGGAAAGCUUGCAACAGGUUAAACCGGAACAAUUUUAGCAAUAUUGACGAUCUUACGUCUCUCCUGAACAGAUUUGCAUUGUUGUUGCAAGCUUAUGUAGUUCACGACGAACAGCAUGCUUUAAGAUAUCUACAGAGACAUGCUCACAUCUUACAUGACUUGCAAGGGCAUUACCUUGGACUUGAAAGUUUACGAUCUCUAGUCGCAGGAAUCCCUAUUCCAAGAGAAGGUGAGAACCCUGACAGUGUUAUAGUGUCUGUCAAUUUCCACCAAAGUAUAUCAACACCUAUGUUAUCGGAUUGGUCAAGUUUACUCACGACACUUACCAAAAUUCAAGGCGACGACGUUUACAGUGCACUACAAGAAAUUGAGCAUCUAUCUUCGCGAAAACCGUCGGUCUUAGAACCCAUUGUGGAUAACAUUGCCGAUUUACUAGUAUCACCACAAGGAAACAUAAGAAUAUUGGCACAUUCACUAAUAGCAAGGGCACUGAAACAAAAACCGUACCCAAAUUUCGGUGUUCUCUCGGCAUUCCAAAGAUGCCUUGAUAGUUCUCGGGCUGACAUACUCAUGUCUGCGUUGGAUAAAUUGCCCGACUAUGUACUAUGUAUGCAAGAGUAUGCGCUGCCUCUAAUGCAGAAAGUUUUUGAACUAGGAGUUAACUCAAAUGUAAAUACGAUACCUUAUAUAAACAAAAGUGUAACCCUGCUGAACACGCAAAAAGGCUGUUAAUUUUUAAGAUUGUCAUGUUUUAUAAGAGAAAUCGGUUAUAUGGAGAAUAAAUUUA